AAAGAAAAAGGAGGACAACUCUGGAAAUGCCCUCCCUUGCUUGGUGUUCUGUUGUCAAAUAACAGUACUUGCAGCCCUCCUUGCUGCAGCAGCCAUUUGAAACCCUAAUAUCAAAUAUCUAUCAUUUUUCAUCAUAUUGGAGACGCCAUUACUUCACUUUCGUGAAAUCAGUAUCCGCUCCAAAUGGCGAGUCCAGUGGAGUCACUAACUUCCAUUUCUUCAUCAGUCGCAACAUCAUCUACCAAACGUCGUAUUCAGAUUUGGAGAAAUGAGAUUCCUUUUAUUCUCACUAAUUCUGAGAUGACCACAGAAAUUGCUUCUCUGUUGGUAGAAGUAAUUUUCAGUACAGUAUUUAUUUAUGAUGAUCGAGGAUCAAGGGCUGCAGUGGAUGAUGUGGUUAUCAAAGCAUUGGGUGAAACUUUAUUUAUGAAAGCUUUUGCUGGAACCCUUGUACAAUUCAUGGAAAAACAGUUCAAAUUCCAAUCCUAUAUUGGGUGCGACAGACUCUUAACUUGGUCGUGUCUUCUCCUAACUAAUAGCCAGUUUUCCUCAGUAUCAAAGAAUGCAGUCUGUCGACUAGCACAAGCGCAAGCAUCAGUCUUGCAUAUUGGUAUGCAAGGAUCGUCCCACGUCAGAAGGACCUGCAAAAAAAGCUUAUUCUCUUUGUUUUCAAAGGUACCAGAUAUUUACAGAACUUACAUGGAGGAACUAAGGGAUUCAAGGAUCACUUACAAGGACUAUCCUGAGCUUAUACUCUUGAUGCUAGAAUUUUCAAGUGCAAAUACUCCUUCAUUUGAUCAAUGGAAGCAACAUUUUCUUGAGAUGUAUGUCAAAGCUGUUCUGAAUGCAAGAGAAAAACCGCCAAAGGGCCUCAGUGAUGCUUUCAUUCCAUUAUUUUCUCGUUUGACACAUGAAGAUUUUAAGAACACUGUCAUUCCCUCCUCUGUCAAGAUGUUGAAACGAAAUCCAGAGCUUGUCUUGGAAUCAGUUGGAAUCCUUUUGCAAUCUGCGGAACUCGAUUUGAGUAAAUAUGCCGUAGAGAUUCUUUCAGUGUUGUUGUCACAGGCGAGACAUGCAGAUGAAGGUAGAAGGAUUGCUGCGUUAUCCAUCGUAAGGUGCUUAAGCAUAAAAUCUAGCAGUCCAGAUGCUAUAGAAGCGAUGUUUAAUGCAGUCAAAUUGGUUAUUGGAGGUUCAGAAGGAAGGCUUACAUUUCCCUAUCAGAGAGUUGGCAUGAUAAAUGCACUGCGAGAAUUGUCAAAUGCCCCAGAAGGAAAACACCUUAACAGCCUGUCAAAGACUGUUUGUAAUUUCCUUCUGUCCUGUUACAAGGAUGAUGGUAAUGAAGAGGUCAAGCUUGCAUGUUUAUCUUGUUUGGCUGCUUGGACCACAAGAUGUGCUGAUGCAAUUCAACCCGAUGUUAUAUCACUCAUUGCAUCAGGGCUCAAAGAGAAGGAAGCACUUAGAAGAGGUCAUCUUCGCUGCCUGCGAGUAAUGUGCCAAAAUGCUGAUGCUCUUCCACAGAUGUCCUCUCUGCUGUCAGCUCUUAUACAACUUGUUAAAACUGGUUACACGAAAGCAGCACAACGGUUGGAUGGCAUCUAUGCAUUGCUCUGUGUGGCAAAACUUGCUGCAGUGGAUGUUAAAGCAGAUGAGACUAUAAUAAAGGAGAAAAUUUGGCCAUUGGUAUCACAGAAUGAGCCGUCAGUGGUGCCAAUUCCUCUGGCCUCAAAAUUAUCAAUUGAGGACUGUUUGGCUUGUCAUGACCUUUUUGAGGUGAUGCUGGUAGAUCAUUCACAAAGGGUAUUGGAGACUUUUGCAGUCAAGACAUUAAUGCAGUUUAUACUCUUUUUACUAUGCCAUCCAAACUGGGAUAUCCGAAGAGCAGCUUAUAAUUCUACGAGGAGGAUACUUUCUGCUACUCCACAAUUAUCUGAAACUUUAAUGGUUGAGUUUUCAUGUUAUCUCUCUGUUGUUGGUGAAAAGAUUCUUCAAAUGAAGAUGAGCGAUAUUGAAAAUUUAUCGGAGGCUCAAGUUGUUCCAUCUGUUGAGGUUAUGGUCAAGGCUUUGCUUAUAAUGUCGUCUGCUACUUUGGCUGCUGCACCAAGCGCGUGUUUGCAAGUUGUUUUUUGCUCGCAUCAUCCAUGCCUAAUUGGCACAGCUAAAAGAAAUUCUGUGUGGAGGAGGGUGCAAAAAUGUUUGCAUAAACAUGGUGUUGAUGUCAUUGGUCUUGUCACAACUAAUGUGGUUGGUUUGUGCAAGGGUUUGUUGGGACCGACAGGUCUGAUGAGUGGUAAUCAUUUUGCGCAAGAAGCAGCAAUAAACUCCUUAUCAACUUUGAUGACCAUGUUACCUGAAGAAACCUACAUGGAGUUCGAGAAGCACUUCAACAAUCUUUCAGACCGUGCUGCGCAUGAUAUGUUAUCUGAAAAUGACAUUCAGAUAUUUCAAACUCCUGAAGGGAUGCUUUCGACUGAACAAGGUGUUUACAUUGCUGAAGCUGUUGCAACUAAGAACACAAAACAACCAAAAGGCCGUUUUAGGCUUUAUGAUAAUGAUGAUGGCCCUGACCAAGUGAGUUCUAAUCAUACUGCAAGGCGUGAGCCCUCUAGCAAAGAGGUUACUGGAGUUGGGAAAAAAGAUGGUGGAAAAUCAUCAAAGAAAGCUGAUAAGGGAAAAAGUGCAAAGGAAGAGGCACGUGAGGUGCAGCUAAGGGAGGAAGCAUGUAUACGUGAAAAGGUCAUGGUUGUAAAAAAGAAUCUUUCAUCAAUGUUGAAAGCUCUGGGAGAAAUGGCCAUAGCUAAUCCUGUUUUCACUCACAGUCAGCUACCUUCCUUGGUGAAGUUUAUCAAUCCUCUACUACGGUCACCAAUAGUUGGUGGUGUGGCGUAUGGAACCCUGGUGAAGCUUUCAAAGUGUACUGCUACUCCACUUUGUAACUGGGCUCUUGAAAUUGCAACAGCCUUAAGGUUAAUUAUGUCAGAGGAUGUUAAUGUCUUAUGGGGUCAAAUUCCUUCUGCUGGCGAGGAGGUAUCAAAUGAAAGGCCCGGUCUCUUUGAGUGUGUAACAAAUGGCUUAUCCAUCUCUUGCAAAACUGGGCCUCUCCCUGUGGAUUCGUUUACUUUUGUUUUCCCUAUUAUAGAGAGAAUAUUGUUAUCUCCCAAGAAGACCAGACUUCAUGAUGAUGUUCUCAAGAUAAUAUUCUUGCAUUUGGAUUCGUUCUUACCCCUACCAAGAGUUCAAAUGCUCUCAGUUCUGUAUCAUGUCCUGGGUGUUGUUCCUGCUUAUCAAGCAUCUAUUGGACCAGCAUUAAAUGAGUUAUGCCUUGGGCUGCGGCCAGCUGAAGUGGCAUCUGCUUUAUGUGGUGUUUAUGCUAAAGAUAUCCAUGUAAGAAUGGCUUGCUUAAAUGCUGUGAAAUGCAUUCCUGCUCUGGCUAGUCAUUCUGUCCCUCAAAGUAGUGAAAUUGCCACCUGCAUCUGGCUUGCUUUACAUGAUCCUGAAAAGUGUGUUGCCGAAGCUGCUGAACACAUCUGGGAUCAUUACGGCUAUGACUUAGGGACAGAUUACUCUGGCAUUUUCAAAGCCCUUUCCCAUGUUAAUUAUAAUGUGCGAGUGGCUGGCGCUGAGGCCUUGGCUGCUGCUUUAGAUGAAAGUCCAGAUACGAUACAGGAAUGUCUCUCAACUUUAUUUUCUUUGUACGUCCGUGAUGUUGGUUCUGGUGAAGACAACAUUGAUAUUGGCUGGAUAGGCAGACAAGGAAUUGCAUUGGCUUUGCUUUCUGUGGCAGAUGUUCUUAGAGCAAAAGACCUUCCUGUUGUUAUGACAUUCCUAAUUUCAAGGGCACUGGCAGAUCCUAAUGCAGAUGUUAGAGGAAGAAUGAUCAAUGCCGGCAUAGUUAUUAUUGACAAACAUGGAGGAGAUAAUGUCUCAUUGCUAUUCCCUAUUUUCGAAAACUACUUGAACAAAAAGCCUUCAGAUGAGGAGAAAUAUGAUCUGGUCCGUGAAGGUGUGGUAAUAUUUACCGGAGCUUUGGCAAAGCAUUUGUCCAAGGAUGACCCUAAGGUUCACACAGUUGUAGAGAAGUUGCUGGAUGUAUUGAAUACUCCUUCUGAAGCUGUUCAGCGAGCUGUCGCUACCUGCCUUUCUCCACUUAUGCAAGCAAAGCAGGAGGAUGCACCAUCUCUGGUUUCUAGGCUUUUGGAUCAGCUAAUGAAGAGUGACAAAUACGGAGAGCGCCGUGGUGCAGCAUUUGGACUUGCAGGGGUGGUUAAGGGAUUUGGAAUAGCUUGCCUAAAGAAAUAUGGCAUUGUAGCGGCAUUACAUGAAGGUUUUGCUGACAGGAAUUCGGCUAAGAGCCGUGAAGGAGCACUGCUUGCAUUUGAAUGCUUCUGUGAGAAGCUUGGGAAGUUGUUUGAACCGUAUGUAAUUCAAAUGUUACCGUUCCUCUUGGUUUCAUUCUCUGAUCAAGUGAUUGCGGUGCGUGAAGCUGCUGAAUGUGCUGCUCGGGCAAUGAUGUCUCAGCUUAGUGCUCAAGGAGUGAAACUAAUUCUUCCAUCACUUUUAAAGGGACUUGAAGAUAAAGCUUGGAGAACCAAGCAGAGUAGUGUACAACUUCUUGGUGCUAUGGCCUACUGUGCUCCACAGCAAUUGUCACAAUGUCUCCCUAAGAUUGUGCCCAAGUUAACUGAGGUGCUUACUGACACUCAUCCCAAGGUUCAGUCAGCUGGACAGACAGCCCUUCAACAGGUUGGGAGUGUUAUAAAGAACCCUGAGAUAUCUGCACUUGUCCCUACUCUUCUAAUGGGUCUUACAGAUCCCAAUGAGUAUACAAGAUACUCCCUUGAUAUUCUCCUCCAGACAACCUUUGUGAAUUCAAUUGAUUCUCCUUCUCUCGCGCUGCUAGUACCAAUUGUACACCGAGGGCUUCGUGAAAGGAGUGCCGAGACUAAGAAGAAAGCUGCACAAAUUGCUGGAAAUAUGUGUUCAUUAGUGACAGAGCCUAAGGACAUGAUACCCUACAUAGGACUACUGCUCCCUGAAGUUAAAAAGGUACUUGUGGAUCCAAUUCCUGAAGUUCGAUCUGUUGCUGCAAGAGCCAUUGGUUCUCUUAUACGGGGGAUGGGAGAAGAUAACUUCCCAGACCUGGUGCCUUGGUUGUUGGAUACUUUGAAGUCUGAUGGAAGCAAUGUUGAGCGUUCUGGGGCUGCACAAGGACUAAGUGAGGUAUUGGCUGCAUUAGGAAUGGAGUACUUUGAGAACAUACUUCCUGAUGUAAUACGGAAUUGUUCUCAUCAAAAGGCAUCAGUUCGUGAUGGGCACUUGGCACUCUUUAGGUAUCUGCCAAGAUCUUUAGGCGUCCAAUUCCAGAACUAUUUGCAGCAAGUUCUGCCGGCGAUAUUAGAUGGUUUGGCCGAUGAGAAUGAAUCAGUGCGUGAAGCAGCACUUAGCGCUGGCCAUGUUCUGGUGGAGCACUAUGCAACUACAUCUUUGCCUCUGCUUCUUCCGGCUGUGGAAGAAGGUAUUUUCAAUGAUAACUGGCGUAUCAGGCAGAGUUCUGUAGAGUUGCUGGGUGACCUUUUGUUCAAGGUUGCUGGGACAUCUGGAAAAGCACAUCUUGAGGGUGGUAGUGAUGAUGAGGGUGCCAGUACUGAGGCUCAAGGACGAGCUAUUAUUGAGAUACUCGGGAGGGACAAGCGCAAUGAAAUCCUUGCUGCAUUGUAUAUGGUCCGAACCGAUGUCAGCAUAACCGUACGCCAGGCUGCUUUGCAUGUUUGGAAGACCAUUGUUGCAAAUACUCCGAAAACAUUGAAAGAGAUAAUGCCUGUACUGAUGAGCACAUUGAUAAGUUCUCUAGCAUCUUCAUCCUCUGAAAGGAGACAGGUCGCUGGACGAGCACUGGGUGAGCUUGUUAGGAAGCUUGGGGAAAGAGUUCUUCCUUUGAUUAUCCCAAUAUUAUCACGGGGUCUAAAAGAUCCUAAUCCAAGUACAAGACAAGGUGUCUGCAUUGGUCUAAGUGAAGUUAUGGCCAGUGCUGGCAGGAGUCAGUUGUUGAGUUAUAUGGAUGAGCUUAUACCCACAAUUCGGACUGCACUUUGUGAUAGUACACCCGAGGUUCGUGAAUCAGCAGGCCAGGCAUUUAGUACUCUUUACAAGAAUGCUGGAAUACAAGCAAUUGAUGAGAUUGUUCCAACAAUUCUUCAUGCACUGGAGGAUGAGGAGACCUCAGAUACUGCUCUGGAUGGCUUAAAACAAAUUCUGAGUGUCAGGACCACAGCCGUGCUGCCACACAUCCUCCCAAAGCUCGUUCAUCUUCCACUUUCUGCCUUCAAUGCGCAUGCCUUGGGAGCUUUAGCGGAAGUUGCAGGACCUGGUCUUGAUUCGCACCUUAGUACUGUCCUUCCUGCUUUACUGAAUGCAAUGGGUUAUACCGACAUGGAAGUUCAAAAUUUAGCAAAGAAGGCAGCAGAAACUGUUGUGUCGGUUAUUGACGAGGAAGGCAUGGAGUCUUUGUUGUCAGAACUACUGAAAGGAGUUGGGGAUAGUCAGGCUUCAAUUAGACGAAGUUCAGCCUAUCUCAUUGGAUACCUGUUCAAAAAUAGCGACUUGUAUCUUGGUGAUGAAGCUCCAAGCAUGAUAUCCACCCUCAUUAUAUUGCUUAGUGAUCCGGAUUCUGAUACUGUGGUGGUUGCAUGGCAAGCUCUGUCUAAUGUUGUGAGUUCAGUUCCUAAAGAGGUUCUUCCAACAUACAUCAAGUUGGUUCGUGAUGCUGUAUCUACAUCAAGAGAUAAGGAACGUAGAAAGAAAAAGGGAGGACCAGUUCUUAUACCUGGAUUUUGUCUUCCGAAAGCUCUUCAGCCAUUGCUUCCUAUUUUUCUCCAGGGUCUCAUAAGUGGAUCAGCUGAACUAAGGGAGCAAGCAGCUAUAGGUCUUGGGGAGUUAAUCGAAGUAACAAGCGAGAAAACACUGAAGGAGUUUGUGAUUCCAAUCACAGGGCCGUUGAUUCGUAUUAUAGGUGACAGAUUUCCUUGGCAAGUAAAGAGCGCAAUUCUAUCGACUCUGACCAUCAUAAUUCGAAGGGGAGGAAUAGCCCUAAAGCCCUUUCUUCCCCAGCUUCAAACAACAUUUGUAAAGUGUCUACAGGAUAACACAAGGACAAUACGAUCAAGCGCUGCUCUUGCACUUGGGAAGCUUAGUGCUCUCAGUACCAGGGUUGAUCCUUUAGUUGGUGAUCUGUUAUCUGGUGUGCAGACAUCAGAUGUUGGAAUUCGUGAGGCUACUCUUACUGCUUUGAAAGGUGUGAUUAAGCAUGCUGGUGAAAGUGUCAGCAUUGCUUCUAGAACACGUGUCUACACCCUACUGAAGGAUUUAAUACACAACGAUGAUGAUCAGAUAAGAACUGCUGCUGCUAGCAUACUGGGAAUUGUUUCACAGUACCUGGAAGAUGGACAAGUUGUUGAAGUACUUGAUGAGCUGUCAAAAUCAGCAUCAUCAUCUAGCUGGUGCUCAAGGCAUGGAGCAGUACUUACUAUUUGUUCAAUGCUUAAGCACAAACCUGACAUAAUUUGUGCUUCAUCAUCAUUCCCAUUGAUUGUAAAGUGCCUCAAAAGCACCUUAAAUGAUGAAAAGUUCCCUGUUCGUGAAACAUCGACGAGAGCAUUGGGGUUGCUUCUACGUCAACAAAUCCGGAGUGAUCCUUCAAAUGCUACUUCACAUGUGGAAACUCUGGGAUCCAUAGUGUUGGCCAUGCAGGAUGAUUCAAGUGAAGUCAGAAGACGGGCCUUAUCUUCAUUGAAGGCAGUUUCAAAGGUUAAUCCUGGUGCCAUUGCCAUACAUGUUUCCAAAUUUGGCCCUGUUCUGGCUGACUGCUUGAAGGAUGGAAAUACACCUGUGAGACUUGCUGCAGAGAGAUGCGCCCUGCAUGCCUUACAAUUGGCAAAAGGUACAGAAAAUGUUCAAGCUGCACAGAAGUUUAUUACAGGCUUGGAUGCUAGACGAAUAGCAAAGCUCCCUGAACACAGUGAUGACAGUGGAGAUAGUGACAAUGACACGUCAAGUGGCUAACAAGCUUAUUACUGUAAAGCACUUUUUUGCCUUCAGAUUACUUAUCGUCAAGGUCGGUGAGACAGAAGUUAGAAGCGGAAAUUUUUCUUGAGAUUUAAUAUUUACAGUAACAAUCACAUAGAUAUAGAUGCGUAAGCAAAUAAGGACGAGUUUGAUAUUUGCCAAAUUUUGACACCGGGUGGAUUUUGCUUCCGAUAUCUUUUGUACUUGUGUAUUAUUGAGAUUAAAUAGCCUUUGAGGAAAGGCAGGGAGCUCACAUUGUAUAAAUUUUGUAAAUUUUCUCCAAUUAUAUGAAAUCACCAUUUCUAUUUCGACCGAGUUA